CACUGGAGUGAUGUAAUGCAUGGAGCUGUGUUUGUUCAGGUGGAAGUGUGGCUGAACCGUGUUUUGGACACCAUGCGUGCCACUGUGCGUCAUGAGAUGACUGAGGCGGUCUCGGCCUAUGAAGAGAAGCCCAGGGAACAGUGGCUGUUCGACUACCCAGCCCAGGUCGCUCUUACCUGCACUCAGAUCUGGUGGACGACCGAUGUAGGUAUUGCUUUCUCCGGACUGGAGGAUGGAAAUGAGAAUGCAAUGAAGGAAUACUAUAAAAAGCAAGUGAAUCAGUUAAACACUCUCAUCACCAUGCUGAUUGGCCAGCUCACUCCUGGAGACCGGCAGAAAGUCAUGACCAUCUGUACCAUUGACGUCCAUGCGAGAGACGUGGUGGACAAAAUCAAUAAGCAAAAGGUGGAGAACUCUCAGGCCUUUCUUUGGCUGUCCCAACUCCGGCAUCGCUGGGGCGAGAGAGAGAAGCACUGCUUCGCAAACAUUUGCGAUGCCCAGUUCCUCUAUUCAUAUGAGUAUCUGGGCAACACUCCACGAUUAGUAAUCACACCACUCACAGACAGAUGUUACAUCACACUGACCCAGUCGCUGCAUCUGGUCAUGAGCGGAGCCCCGGCUGGUCCUGCCGGCACAGGCAAAACCGAGACCACUAAGGACCUGGGCCGAGCCCUGGGCAUCAUGGUCUACGUAUUCAACUGCUCGGAGCAGAUGGACUACAAGUCAUGUGGCAACAUCUAUAAAGGCCUGGCGCAAACUGGAGCCUGGGGCUGCUUCGAUGAGUUCAACAGGAUCUCGGUGGAGGUGCUGUCUGUGGUGGCAGUGCAGGUCAAAAGUAUUCAAGAUGCCAUUCGAGACAAGAAGAAGAGGUUUAACUUCAUGGGUGAGGAUGUAAACCUGGUCCCUUCGGUGGGCAUCUUCAUCACUAUGAACCCCGGCUAUGCCGGCAGGACUGAGCUGCCAGAAAAUCUCAAGGCUCUCUUCAGGCCAUGUGCGAUGGUGGUGCCAGACUUUGAGCUCAUCUGUGAGAUCAUGUUGGUGGCUGAGGGUUUCAUCGAGGCUCGACUUUUGGCCAGAAAAUUCAUCACUCUCUAUCAGCUCUGCAAGGAGUUGCUCUCCAAACAGGAUCACUAUGACUGGGGUCUGCGGGCCAUUAAGUCAGUGCUAGUAGUGGCCGGUUCCCUGAAGAGAGGAGAUCCACAUAGACCGGAGGACCAGGUGCUGAUGAGAGCCCUGAGAGACUUCAAUGUCCCAAAGAUCGUGACCGAUGACAUGCCUGUCUUCAUGGGCCUCAUCGGGGACCUUUUCCCUGCUCUUGAUGUGCCACGCAAAAGGGACAUGGACUUUGAGAAAUUUGUCAAGCAGUCUGUGUUGGAUCUCAAACUGCAGGCCGAGGAUAACUUUGUGCUCAAGACCUGCUGCACUCAAAUUCCACCUCUCACGGGCCAGGCCCAAAGAUCUAUCCUGCGAGGCGAAGAGAUCUACGGCAGCCUGACCGUACUUCUGCCAUAUCUGCUUCACUACCUGGGGAUGAAGCUUCCACUCCCC